CAUAACUGCCAAAAACAUGCGUUUUUAUGCUAAAUUAGAUUUGUCCUGAAAAAUUUUGACCAAAUAUUUAUAUAGAAAUGAUCUACUCAUUACUACCAUCAAUUAAAAAAAAUGAAUUGAUGCACUUAAAAAAACGGAGAUUACGUAAGGGGUGCAGAGGAGCGGUACACCCCUGCCCAGUAGUUACGAGCUGGCGGGCCUUUCUCAUAUGUUUCUCAAAUAAAAUACCCUCACUCCAACCAAACCAGGUCUUAAAUAAUUUAAGUUAAAUUACAAAUUUAAUUGAACUGUUUAAUUAAAUUAAUUAGUGCCAAUUAGUGGUGUGCGACGUGACGAGGGUCAGUAUUGAGUAAUAGCAGAUAAGAUGGGGGGCGAAUGGUGGUUUGCAUUUUUCAAGGAUGACGACGACGACAAGACCAAGGCCGAGGAGGGCAAAGGGGCAACAUCUUCUUCGACCAGGGCCCCUGAAAAUAAGGGUCACAAUCACAAGACCGCCCCACUACGGCCCAAAUUCGACGUGAAAAAGUAUCAAACUUUUCUCCUCCAAGUUCGGAAUCGCUACCAGCACAAGUUGAGGACGAAUGUGGAGGAAAACUAUACUGCAAAAUGGUCUCAAGUUCAGCAAGGGCAAGAACCGCAGAACAACAUUUUCGCCAAGUUUACGUACCCUUGUCGACGCGGCUGUGGUCAUGGAGAAAAUGGUCAAGAAAUGACCAAUCGCGACGGCGUUUCGACGGGCGGCUGGACCUUGUAUUGGGACCCUGUGAAAGAGAUGGCUGAGCAAAAUCGUACCCGUCAAAGAUUCUCUCUUUCGGACGUUUAUGCCCGCUGUGCUCCGUGGGAUUUUAUUUCCUUGUCGGUUGAAGUGCAGAAAACCUUGGCGCAAGAAUUUCGCCAUCAUUUCCAACUCUACUUGGGCGAUGGCAUAGGGGGCUAUGGGGAUGAGUGUGACGAGUAUUGGGGGUACAAGCAGCCAGAGGCGGAGUAGUGUCGGUGGAGGCACGUGGAGGACUUUAAGGUUUGUCGGUCCGGGUUUUGCAAGGCCUUAAAAACCACCUAAAAGGCCUAUUUGGCGAGCGUCGCCAGUUGGCGCCGGGCGUUGUAAGUGAGCUAAUGAUUUCAAAUUUUGAAUGUAAACCAUUUACACCCAGCGCCACCCUCUCAGCGACAAUUCAGUAGUCCAGGUCUAAGACCAACCACCCCCCCAGGGGGUGUGGCUCGUAAAAAUUUUGGGAAUCAAUCCCCCAACCCGCAGGAUCGUAUAAUAUGCUAAAAUAGUUGAGGUAAUGAGUCUAGAGACUUUCUAGAAACCGUGACACUGGCUGGCCGCAGUAUGCACGAGUAGCCGGCUGCAGGGGAGUACCGUACCACCGCCUACAGAAUGGCUGGAUAAAUCCCUUUUUUUAAUGAAACACUCAUAUUGCAAAAAUUUCAAACUUUCACACAUAAAAUUGUUUCAGAACAAUAAAACGUGCAAAAAAUCAGAAAAAUUCGUUUGAUUUGUGCCAAAUUAGAUUUUUCCUGAAAAUUUUUGACCAUGAUGGUUGAAUUUUUUAUGCAGGAAUGAUUUACUUAUUAAUUAAUACCUUCAAUUUUUAAAAAUCGUGUAAAAAUCGUUUAAAAUCGUGUAAAUCGUGUAAAAAUUUUAAAAGAGUGUGUGGUCAUUGAGAUGACCGUUAUUCACUUUUAAAAACGGGGGUGCUGAGGAGCAGUACACCCCUGCAUAAUACUUACAGAGAAAGUGUAGCUGGCGGGUCCAUCAAUACACAAUACGUUUCUUCAUUCUCAAACAAUAAAAUACCCCGAAAAUCACUCCGUCCAAGCCAAACCUUAAGUUACAAGUUAAAUUGAACUGAAUUAAUUGGUGGUGCAAGUUAACUUACGAGUGUUAGUAUCGAGUAGUAGAAGUUAAGAUGGGAGGAGAAUGGGAAUUUGCAUUUUUCAAGGAUGACGAAAACGGGGCCGAGGGCAAAAGGACGACCUCUUCUGCGUCCAGCGCCGCACAAAAUAAGGGUCGCAACCCCACGCCACGGCCCAAAUUCGACGUGAAAAAGUAUCAAACUUUUCUGCUCCAACUUCGAAACCGCUACCAGCACAAAUUGAAGACGAAUAAGGAAUAUUCGGCAAUGUGGUCUAAAGUUCAGGAAGGCCAAGAGCCACAGGACAACAUUUUCGCCAAGUUUACGUACCCUUGUCGACGCCGCUGUGGGCAUGGAGAAAAUGGUCAAGAAAUGAACAAUCGUGGCGUCUCUACAGCGUUCUGGACCUUGUAUUGGGACCCCGUGAAAGAGAUGGCUGAGCAAAAUCAUACCCGUCAAAGAUUCUCGUUAUCCGACGUUUACGCCCGUUGUUCUCCGUGGGAUUUUAUUCGCUUGUCGGUGGAAGUGCAGAAAACCGUGGCGCUAGAAUUUCGCCAUCAUUUCCAACUCUACUUGGGCGAUGGGUUAAGUGGUUGCGAUGAUGAGGGUUGCGGAUAUGGGAAGCCAGAAGCAGAGUACUGUGGCGGUGAUUAAUAAUCAAUAAUUAAAUUGUUAAAUUGUCAAUGUAAUGGAACUAAUUAUUUUGAAUUAAAUUGUCACAAAUUGAAAAUUUAAA